UUUAAACUCGCCCGUUAAUAGCCAGCCGCCCAAGAAACAAGAAGGGUAAAAGAAAACCAAUCCGCACACAAACAACUCGAAAAGUCAAACGCUAAGAACCGCCGUCGGCCGUCCACACAACGCUGCCUCGGGAUGGAAUUCCCUUCGUUCAACCACCACCACCAUCAUAACAGGUACGUUCCUCCUCCUCCACCAACGAAUUUCUCAGAUGACCGUCCCAAUCUUUACCCUCAUCACCAGCAGCAUCUUCUCCCAUCACUUCAUCUCCCCCCUCCUCCGCCGCUUGCAUACCCUUCCCUCCCUCCUCCACCACCACCUCCGCUUCCCGUCCCCCCUCCACCACCAUCUUACAACCCCCACCAAUCUCACUUCACCUUUCUCGACGCUCAAAACCCCUCGUUUUCCAAUCACGGCCGCUCUUCCCCUCCCCAACCUAGGUUUUCCAAUCAGUCUCAUCGAUUUGAUUACCGAACGGAUUCUUGGUCGGAUUCGCAUAGGGUUCCACCGGAACUGACUCACCGCAAUCCUAUUUUACCCGAUGAGCACCAUCGCCGCUUGUAUUCGCCUGAUCCCCGGUCUGAAAAUCAUUAUAAACCUCAUGUUUCGGAACGCGUUAUCCCUUCUAGUAGGUAUAGAGACGAAAACAUCAUCAAUGGAUAUGCCAGUAGGGAUGCUAGUAAUAUUGUUUCACAGGAGCAACAAGCUUUCCGUGGCAGUUCCAAUAAUGAUGACCAUCAGGGUCGAAUUAUUGAUCGUUAUGCAUCUGCCCAAGCUACUGGUUGUAAUUCUAGAAAUGAGGAUUUUGUGGAGAAGUAUGAGCCUCGUUACAUUAGUAAUUCUGAAAACGAGAGAAUUUGGGAUCAUCAUGGUGAAGAUUCUAGACGGAAGGGGAAGAAAAACGAAUUUGGUAAUAAUGAUGGGGUCUUAUUUGUGUCCGGUAGAGAGCAAGCACGAGAUUACGAAUAUGAAUCCAGUAGGUUGACUAGGGUUAGGGAAGGUAGGGAAGAGUUUAAGCAAGUACAGAAGAGGAGUGUUUUACUUAGGAUAGGCAAACCGAACAAUACUAAUAGGAACAGAAGCCAUGAUCAACAUUUCUCUAAAGCGCACAUGGUUGAAUCAAAUAAUAGUAAUUUUAGGGGUAAAGAUAAAGAUAGAGAUCAUGCAAAUAAGGAUUCUGAUCACAGGAUGGAGGGAGACAGAGAGCACAGCCCUGUAGAACUCGAUGUGUCUUUUAAAUCGAAUGCCCUAGUAGCCAAGGCUGUUGUAACACCCUCGAGUCCUGUGAUUGGUAAUAACAACACACAGCUUAGGAAUAAAAAGACUAAGAGAGGCUCUGAGUUUAAUUCACCAUUAAAAAGAUCGGGGAGCUCCUCCAAUGGGUUAGACUGUCCUUCUAGUUCUGAAAAGGCUCCAAAACAGCAAAAGCUUAGCCUUAAAGAUCCAGUUUUAGGUCAGGGUGCUGCCACUGGACCCUUGUCAUUUAGGCUUAAGAAGAAGAGGAAACUCAUUAACUUUAAAAAUAGCCCAAGUGUAUCUAUUUUUCAGCUGGCAGAGAAGGAUAACAAAUCUGUCAAGGGCCAAAACAAGAAUUCCCCAAGUGCAGAAUCUACUCCAUCAACUUUAGAAGAACCGAUUUCCAGUAAAGUGGUUUCAGAGAAAGAUAGUUCAGAAGUUGAGAAGUUAGUAUCUAAAAUAGAUGAUGGUCUGGUGAAUGAAGUCUCAUUGAAUCUUGAAAAUGAUACUCAACAGGUAUCCACAGAUGCUAAGGUUGGCACUCCUAUUUCUGCUUCAUGUGGGCAAGAUCAAAUCGAAAUUCAGAACUGCCCCACAGAAUCUUAUGCCAGUUUUGAUGCUUUUUCAGCUGUGAAGAAUGAAUCUUUCAAAAUCCAAGAAAUGACUACUUGUGCUUGUUCAGAUGAGAUUAUUAAUCUAGUCCCUGAGAAUGGUAACACAGUAGGUUUUCUUGAUGGUGUAUCAAGAAAAAAAGAUGGUACUCAAGAAACUCCAAAUGCCAAUGCCAUUGCCAUUGCUGAAGAUAAUGCAAUUCUUACUGGUAGAAGCUAUGAGGCUUCAGAAAUUCAGUCCCACGGUGAGAAUCUACAAAAUGUAGGUCCAGGUCCAACCCCAAAUAGUUCAAUCAAGGUAAUUUCAUCAGAUGAAGAUGAAAUUGUUGAAAUUGUAGAGUUAAAUUCUGAAUCAGUCGAGACACAAAGACCUGACCAUAGGGAAGAAGAUGAAAUUGUCGAGAUUGUAGAGUUAAAUUUUGAAUCACAAAAACCUGAAGAUGAAGUUGUCGGGAUUGUAGAGCUAAAUUCUGAAUCAACUGAGACACAAAGACUUGACCAUAGGGAGCUUUGUACAGAUGAAAUACCACCCGCAUCGAGUAUUGUUUGUAGACAGCCUGAUGAGAAACCAGGGGAACCUAUGCCUGAUAUGCUAACCAAUAUAGUUUCUGGUUUUCCAAAAGAUGAAACGACAUCGACAUCCAAUUCUAAUUUGGGCAACAAUGAUGUAAAUAUUUGUGAAAAGUUUGUACCUGAGCCUGAGGAUGGUGGUGGUAAUACAUCUGUAGAGAAUUAUUCCAAAACUAGUAGUAUAAUAAAACCAAGUGAUUUGUCAGGAACCAAGACGACAACAUCUCAGGUAUUGAAUAAGAAAAUGCCAAUUAAGAGACCGAACCCAACAGUGUUUGCCACCCGUUCAUCGCCAGUCUUCACCAAUUCAAGAGUCAAUAACCCUUCAAAAAGCAUUGCAAAGCCCCCCCGAACUUGGCAUCGAUCUGUGAACAAUACGUCUUCUGUUCCCCGACCAACCAAACAAGUUGGAGCAGUUCAGAAUGCUUACAUCCGUAGUGGCAACACGCUUGUUAGGAAAGGCAGCCCUGUAACUACCAUUUCCAGAUCCUCCAUCUAUCAGUUGAAUCCUUCAGGCCCAAGCCCAACUGAGACAAGAACAGCUGCUGUUGUGAGGCCCAAAACACCACCACUAUCAGGUUAUACUGCCACCAAAUUACCCGAUUCUACAACGCUUAAGGUUUCGCCACUGGAAGAUCAGAAUUGUUCCGAAAGCCACAAGUCACUAGAUGAAGGAGGAACUGCAGGAAAGAAGAUAGAAUAUGUUAAGCCAAAAUCCAACCAGCUGGUUGCAGCUACUAGUAGUGUUCAGGAGUUAGACAAGUCUUCUGAUGGAUACUAUAAGAGGAGGAAAAAUCAACUUAUUAGAACAUUGGUGGCUGAUGACUCAGUCCCAGAUGUGAGGAAGGCUGCUAAAGGUAUGUUUAAGAAGUAUAGAAAUUCGAGAUUCUCUUCAGUCUGGACACUUGGCGCUCAAUCAUUGGGAAAAGACGGUGUCUCAUUACGUCAGAAGCUGAGGCCGCAUCUGUUUCCAUGGAAAAGAACAAAAUUUUGGGGAAAUGCUUCAGCUUCUAUGCACAGUAACAACUUGUCAUCUUUGCUUAGUCGCAAGUUGCUUGUUUCAAGAAAGAGAGAGAUGAUCUACACAAGGUCAAAGCAUGGGUUUUCUCUCCGCAUGUCAAAGUUAUUAAGUGUAGGCGGAUCGGGUUUAAAAUGGUCAAAAUCCAUAGAAAAGAACUCAAAACAAGCUAACGAGGAAGCUACGCUUGCAGUUGCAGCAGCUGAGAAGAAAAGGAGAGAGCAGCAGCAUCUUAAGAGAGAUCGAAUAUUUCGUAUUGGCCUGGUCAGAUACAAAAUGGACCCUUCAAGGAGGACCCUUCAAAGGAUUUCAGAUGAGGAACCUUCAACUUCCAAGAGUUCAAAAGAAGAGAUGAGGAGGUCUUACGUGCCAAAGAGAUUGCUGAUCGGCCAUGAUGAGUAUUUACGUAUUGGAAAUGGUAACCAACUUGUUAGAAAUCCAAAGAGACGAACACGUCUGUUUGCUAACGAGAAAGUUCGAUGGAGCUUGCACACAGCCAGAUCAAGGUUGGCUAGAAAGAAAAAGUAUUGCCAAUUUUUCACAAGGUUUGGCAAAUGCAACAAAGAUAAUGAUGGGAAAUGUCCCUACAUCCAUGAUUCAUCUAAAAUUGCAGUUUGCACCAAGUUUUUGAAGGGUUUAUGCUCCAAUCCACAUUGCAACUUAACACAUAAGGUCAUACCUGAAAGGAUGCAAGAUUGCUCUUAUUUUCUGCAAGGAUUGUGCUCAAAUGAACAUUGUCCUUAUAGACAUGUAAAUGUGAACUCAGCUGCCUCUGUUUGUGAAGCUUUUCUCAAGGGUUAUUGUGCUGAUGGCAAUGAGUGUCGAAAGAAGCACACGUAUGCAUGCCCAGCAUUUGAAGCCACAGGCGAAUGUUCUCAAGGCACAAAUUGCAAACUUCAUCAUCCUAAAAACCGAAGCACAGGAGGAUUGAAGAGGAAACACCAAAACCAAAAAACCCAGAAACACUCCAGGGGCCGCUACUUUGGGACAGUUGGUGGGGGUGGGGGUGGGGGCGAGGAGGCUGAGAGACAGCAUCAUUUCAAUUUAAAGGAUAUCUUAUGCCAAGAAGGAAAAUUGGGUGCUGAUUAUAUCAGUAUAGAUUUUGGGGAUGGGGUAACUGAUGAAACAACAACAGUGGUGACUAGUGAAGAAGACCCUUUAUUAUUAGUAGGUGAAGAAGAAGAAGAAGCCCAUCUUGAUCUUGAUCAUCUCACAAAGCCUAUUGGAAUAAUGAAAAAUUUCAACUUACAUACAUCUCACAUGGCAUGAUACUGUGGCAGCUCAGCUGGAAGGACAGCAAAAUGAUGGGAUACUUGAAGAGGAGGAAAAAGAAUGAAAAUCCAGAAAACAGGAGUUGAUUGUUUUGUGUUUUAGUUACAUGUAGACUAGUAAGUAGUAGGGGGGGGGGGGGGGGGG